CUACCAUCGAGACGGAGACGCCUUAGAUGCGGUGCUGGCGAGGCUGUUACAGUGGGAGGACCAGAGGGGGUUGUUAGGGCUCAGUGCACGUUUAAAUUUUAAGAGCCAGUGGGCGGUGACUGAAACCGCGCCUUCUUAUCCUGUAGUUGUGAAGAAUGAAUGAAGGGGCUGUCAUGACUGUAGCUACUCGCAAUCCUCCACUCUGAAUUCAAGAGUCGAGUUAUUACUAUGAGCUUACUUUUGUGACCAACUGCAAAUUACUGUAGAUAUCCUGUCAACCAAAAAGGAUGUGGUUAAUUAAAAUAUUGACUUAUCACCAGCCUACAGCUCAUAAACGGCUAGACAGUGCCAUCAGAGAGAAGGGGAUCUGUAAAAAUAAAAAAAGGUCAAAUUGGAAGGCUGUUUCACAAUAAAUAUAGAUUACGCAAGGAAACACAGAGCCUUAUUAAUCUGCUGUUACUUUUGCUGUUACCACUUCAGAAAGUCCAGUGGCUGGAAAAUGGCCCCUUCUCCUUCACACUCCCCUACUGGGGUCUCUCACUCAGCUGUCUUCUACCCUGCAGGAUGUGAGAGUGGGGCGCUCCCCUAACCAACCCCCACCCUGUUCCCCUUUCCUGCGGCUCAGAGCGGUGGUGAGGGGGUGGGGGAGGAGGGAAGUUGGCAACAGGAAGUGAGGAGAAAAGCAAAGACUGUAAGGGAGACAAUGUUUUUUCAAAAGUGGCCCAGGGACUGAGGUUUGUCCCCCUGUACCUGAGUCACCUUGUCUAGAAGCUGGUGGCAAGACCCCAGCCUCUCAUGUCAGAGCCCCCUGUGUACAGUAACUUGGUGGACCUUCGCCGCUGUCCCCGAUCCCCUCCCUCAGACCCUGCAUGCCCCCUGUUGCAGAGGCUGGACGCCUGGGAACAGCACCUGGACCCGAACUCUGGACGCUGCUUCUACAUAAACUCAUCGACCGGCUGCAAGUCCUGGAAGCCUCCACGCCUCAGUCGCUCUCAAGACAAGAACCCUGGCUCCAUGGAAGGGACACAGACCCUGAAUAGGGACAUCGGUGUCCGGCAACCUCAGGCAAAGGGCUUGGGAUCUGACACAGGGACCCUGGACCUGCUUGACUCACAGGGUUCACCCUGCCUAGGCCAAUGCAGCUCCCAGCUCCUCCCCUCAGACCAGCCUCCAGCCUUACAGCGCCCCCGAGGUCUGCCGCAGCUCCUGGAAGACCCCUAUGAAGUGGAAAAGUCGGGCCUGCUCAACAUGACCAAAAUUGCCCAAGGGGGACGCAAGCUCAGGAAGAACUGGGCCCCGGCUUGGGUGGUGUUGGCGGGUAACAGCCUGAUGUUCUACCGGGAGCCGCCUCCGCGGACGACGGCGCCUUCCUCUGGCUGGGUGAGUUGGAGCUUCCGGCCGCGGCUGACUGAGGGGAGGUGGGGAGAGCUACACGGAAGAAGGAAAAGAAAUAAUCAAGCCCCCCACCUCCUCAAAACCCACGGGGUGAGCGGGAAGCUGUGGGGGAAACAACUCCGCGACCUCAGUUUCUCCCCUAAUGGCCAGGCGCCAGCAGGUAGCCGGCCGGAAAGUAGCGUGGACCUGCGUGGGGCAGCCCUGUCGCACGGCCGCCACCUGUCCAGUCGCCGCAACGUCCUGCACAUCCGCACAGUCCCUGGCCACGAGUUCCUGCUGCAGUCGGACCAGGAGAGCGAGCUGCGAGCCUGGCACCGCGGGCUGCGGGCGGUCAUCGAGCGGCUGGACCGGGAGAACCCCCUGGAGCUGCGCCUGUCUGGCUCUGGACCGGCAGAACUGGCGGAACUGAGCGCUGAGGAGGAUGAGGAAGAGGAGUCCGAGCCGCUGCUCAAGCCGCUGCUGCGGUUCAGCAGCCGCCGGAGCUCCAGUCGGUGUCCUGAAGGCACUGAGCAGAACCGAGUUCGAAACAAGCUAAAGCGGCUUAUUGCCAAGAGACCUCCUCUGCAAAGCCUUCAGGAGCGGGGUCUGCUACGAGAUCAAGUGUUCGGCUGCCAGCUGGAAUCACUGUGCCAGCGGGAAGGAGACACAGUGCCCAGCUUUGUGCGUCUCUGCAUUGCUGCUGUGGAUAAAAGAGGUCUAGAUGUUGAUGGCAUUUACCGGGUGAGCGGGAACUUGGCAGUAGUCCAAAAACUUCGUUUUCUGGUGGACAGAGAGCGAGCGGUCACCUCUGAUGGGAGGUAUAUGUUCCCAGAACAGCCAGGACAAGAAGGCCGAUUAGAUUUGGACAGUGCUGAAUGGGAUGACAUUCAUGUGGUCACUGGAGCCCUAAAGCUUUUUCUCCGAGAGCUGCCCCAGCCUGUGGUGCCUCCACAGCUGCUGCCUCAUUUUCGUGCUGCCCUUGCUCUCUCCAAAUCAGAGGAGCGCCUUUCUCAAAUACAAGGAUUAGUAGAGUCAAUGCCAAAGCCCAAUUGUGACACCCUACGGUACCUCCUGGAGCAUCUAUGCAGGGUGAUAGAACACUCAGAUAAGAACCGCAUGACCCCCCACAACCUGGGGAUAGUGUUUGGACCAACCCUGUUUCGGCCAGAGCAGGAGACGUCUGACCCAGCAGCUCAUGCACUCUACCCUGGGCAGCUGGUCCAGCUGAUGCUCACUGACUUCACCAGCCUCUUCCCCUGACUCCGGAAAAGAAGAGGAAAUGCUGUCUAAGGAUCUGUUGGAUGACUUUGGGGUGGGAAGCAGGAUGUUGUUUUAAGAACAUUCCUAUAAACCCUGUCUCCCAAA